UCCCUCCUGUGUUGGGAUUAGGUCUUGGGGGACCUGGGGUGGAGUUAGACUGCUUGGUUAUUUUCAUAUUCAUUAGAAAUGGGAGGUUGCACAAGAAGUCCUGCUGAGCUUCAAGAUAUAAGAGCAACUUCGAGUUCCCCUUUCAAGACAAGACAAAUCAAAGGCUCAGAGGCAAAACAGCUCCCUAAGCACUGAACGCCUCUUCCUCCCUCCUUCCUUCCCUCCCAUCCACUCACUCUCCCUCCCUUGCUCACAGUCCAGCCUCUGUCUAGGGAAGAGGCUCUCAAGCAGCCUUAGAUGAUUAUGGAUUUUCUGAGCGAGAAGUUUGCCCUGAAGAGCCAGCCGAGCAAGAACAGUGACUUUUACAUGGGAGCAGGAGGCAGUUUGGAGCACGUUAUGGAAACUUUGGACAAUGAGUCCUUUUAUAGCAAAACGUCAGGCAGCAAAUGCAUACAGGCCUUCAACCCUCUGCAAAGAGCUGAGCAUCAUGUGAGGCUGGAGAGGACAUCACCCUGCCAGGACAACAACGUGAACUACGGGAUUACUAAAGUGGAAGGUCAGCCUCUUCACACAGAGCUGAGCAGGUCCAUGGACAAUUGCAACAAUCUCAGGAUGUCUCCAGUGAAAGGGCUGCAGGAGAAGGGAGACCUGGAUGAACUUGGUGAUAAGUGUGACAGCAAUGUCUCCAGCAGUAAGAAGAGGAGACACAGAACAACUUUCACCAGUUUGCAGCUGGAGGAACUGGAGAAAGUAUUCCAGAAAACUCACUACCCUGAUGUCUAUGUAAGAGAACAGCUAGCUCUAAGAACAGAGCUCACUGAGGCCAGAGUCCAGGUUUGGUUCCAGAAUCGAAGAGCAAAAUGGAGGAAAAGAGAACGCUAUGGUCAGAUCCAGCAAGCUAAGAGCCACUUUGCUGCCACCUAUGAUAUAUCUGUUCUUCCAAGGACUGACAGCUACCCUCAGAUUCAGAACAAUCUGUGGGCAGGGAAUGCGGCUAGCGGCUCUGUGGUUACCUCCUGCAUGCUGCCACGAGAUACGUCCUCUUGUAUGACACCUUACUCCCAUUCACCCCGGACAGAUUCUGGCUACACGGGCUUCUCAAACCACCAGAAUCAGUUCAGCCACAUGCCCCUCAAUAAUUUUUUCACUGACUCAUUGCUUUCUGGGGCAACCAAUGGACAUGCUUUUGAAACCAAACCAGAGUUUGAAAGGAGGUCCUCCAGCAUUGCAGUUCUACGGAUGAAAGCCAAAGAGCAUGCUGCCAAUAUUUCUUGGGCCAUGUAAUAUAGCAGUAUGCUCUCUCAAUUUGUUUUUUUUUUAAUAGCAAACUAAAACCAUUUUUAUUUCCCAUAUUUAAAGGGAACAACAAUAAGCUGCUGUGUGUGGAAUGCUAGAAAUCACAAUAUACACGAUGUCUGCUUAAAGAAAUGCAAUAUAAUAUUUAACAAUAAACCAAGAAUAAACCAAAUAGAUUUACCAUGCAUCAAGCUCAACAAGCCCUCUUUGUUUUGAUUUUUAUAUAUGUUUUGUUGUACCAGUUGAUGAAAUAUGAUUAUAGAACCCGAAAAAAAAAAUAAAACUACUAAGCAAAUAUGUCUACUUCAUGGUUCUUAGCAGUCCUGUAUAAAAAUUCUUGCUUUACAAAUGAAUACUUCAUAAGGGAACAACUCUGUAAAGGAUAAUAAAUUUAUUAUACUAAACCCAUGAUGUAAAUCUCUAAGCACACCACGCAAAGAAGGAAAUAUGUGACCAUUCAUGUUGUAGGUAGAAUUUGUAGACUGAGUUCUCUCAGCACUGGGCUGCUGCUCUAAGCCAGCUGUUUUACUAAAUGCAUGUUGAGCUUGUUGAAUUUAUACCAAUGAACAACUAA